AUGAAAUGCUCAAGUAGGGAAUUUGAGAUCAAUUAUGAGGUAUUAUCUUCACCUAAAUCACAAGUUAUCGCAGAGUUCCUAGCCGAAUUUCCAUUGGAAGAGGAUGAAUAUGCAGAAGAUUUGAUGGACGUAGAUGAAGAGAAGUGGAAUCCGAAAGAUUUAUUGACAGAUCGUAAUUUAAACAGAUGGGAGAUACUAGUAUAUGGACCGUCAAAUGGAGAAGGAAAAGGAAUUGGUAUUGUCUUUAUUUCACCAACAGGGGAAAGAUUGGCUUACUCAUUCAGGUUGGAGUUCACAUCCACAAAUAAUGAAACUGAGUAUGAGGCAGUUGUACAUGCAUUGAAAUUAGAAAUUGAAAUGGGGAUAGAAGAUGCGCGAAUAACUAGUGACUCACAGUUGGUAAUUCGUCAGAUAGAAGGUACAUAUAGCACAAAUGAACCAUCUUUACAGAAAUACGAGAAGUUGGUCAUGGAAUUAGCAAUACAAACACUCUUUUUACCAUCUAUAAAGAAAGAAGAAGAAACAGAAGCAUAUGUGAUGAUAGUAGAAGACAAGGAAGAAGAACAAGUGAACGAAGAUAAAUAUUGGAGAAUUGAGCUUCAUUUAUAUCUAGACAAGGGAGAAGUACCAAGAAAAAGGUUAGAAUCACACAAGUUAAAAAUUCGUGCAACGAAUUAUGAAUUAAGGGAUGGAAUUUUGUAUAGAAGAUCAUUUCUUGGACUUUCAAUUAGAUGUCUUACGCGAAAAGAGGGUAUAGAAAUCGUAAAAGCAUUACAUUAUGGAGAUGCUGGAAACCAGAGCGGAGGAAGGUCACUCGCAUACAGAGCGAAUAUACAAGGAUACUAUUGGUCGUACAUGCAUGAAGAUGCAAAACAAGUAUCAAGGCUAUGCGAAGAGUGUCAACGUCAUGGGAAGAAGAUACAUGCGCCCGGAGCAAUGCUAAACACGUCAGCAAAUGCAUGGCCAUUUGAAAAAUGGGGAAUUGACAUUGUUGGUCCGUUUAUACCAGGAACAGGACAAAAUAUAUAUUUAAUUAUCGCAACAGACUAUUUCACAAAGUGGGCAGAAGUAAAAGCAGUUCAACAUAUUCGUGAUAAAGGCAUAUUCACGUUUAUUUUUGAGAAUAUCGUAUGUAGAUUUGGCAUCCCUGCACAGUUAGUAUCUGAUAAUGGAAAGCAAUUUGAGGGUGAGAAUAUAGAGAUGUUAUUAAAUGCAUCCAAAAUUCAAAGUGGAAAGUCUACCCCUCUAUAUCCGCAAAAUAAUGGACAGGGAAUCCAACAAAGAUAG